AUGUUGACCAGCAAAACCUCCAAAGACAAGAUUAAAACUGCUGAGGAGCUGGAAAAUCUCAACACAGCUUUCCGUGCCAUGCGAAGCGCCAUCAGGUCGUGGUCGCUGUUUGUCCCACCGUCCGUGGUGGAACGCUUCUACGAUGCUGGCUUAGAGGCGAAAGUCGGAGUAACACGGUGUGAGGUCACUGUUUUGUUCUGUGACAUAGAGGGCUUCGAGGAGACGUGUCGAGAGAUGCAUCCUGACGCCGUCCUUAGCAAACUCACAGGUGUGUUGGGAACAAUCGCAGAUGAGAUACAGCUCCAGAAUGGAACUUUCCUGGAGUUCAUCAGUGACGAGGUCAUGGCCGUGUUCAACGCGCCCAACAAGCUGCCAAAUCAUGCUUCAGCUGGCCUGCUCUGUGCACUCGCGAUCCAGAAGGCUGUAGUGCAGCACAAAGUUCUGGUUGGCAAUCAGGAGAAACCGAUUCGAUGCCGAGUUGGAGUUCACACUGCUUCCAUCCUGGCAGGGAACAUAGGUUCGCACCAACGGAUCAAGUACGGCCUGCUUGGGGACGGUGUCAACCUCGCGGCACGGAUGAAGGGCCUGAACUCCAGGUACGGGACCAGCACGCUAUGCAGCCAGAACUCACUAUCUUCGCAGCAAAUACCUUUGAACCUGGCAACGAGGCCCGUGGACCUUGUGGCUGUGAAAGGCAAGAGCGAACCCACCAAGGUUUGUGAAGUCAUUGGCUUCAUGAACGAACAUCCAUCUCUGGCGGAGGCGGUGAGGCGUCACAAGCUGGCCUUUGACCUCUACUUGGCACGGAAGUUCAAGGAGGCGAUGGAGAAGUUCGAAGAGGUAUCUUCUCUCUUGGCAGUUGCAGACAGACCUGACGACGAGACGUCACACAUGAUGAUUUGCAGAUGCGAGGAGUACAUGAAGAACCCUCCCCCUCCCGAGUGGGACGGGGUCGAGCACCUCAAGUCAAAGUCGUUUGGCUUGCCCCAGCGUCAGAAGAAUCAAGCAAAGGAGAACAUCAUUGGCAAUGCGCAGCAACAAUAUGAUGCCAAGCUUGCUCAAGAGGUGGCAAAUGGAAUUCUGCCCGCGGAAUCCAUGGAGUCUCGCGUCUUGCUGGCAGACGACGGUGACGGCAGGGACGAUGGCGCCAACGCGAAACGUUUGCCCCAGAACCUCGAGAACCUCGGCAGUUUCAUGGAAAGGGGGCCUCUUGCAGAAGUCUUGCAGAGCAUGGCGGUUCGCAAAGAGAUUCAAGGCCUUGUGGAUGCUUCGUGUGCCCUGACCCGCAAGGAUGACACACUUGUAAAGCAAGCCUUGUCCGAGUCGCUGGAUGGCCUCGUGGCUCCUUCACAGGUGGCGCUGAGCCACUCGCCACGAAUAGGCAGAAGCCAUUCAUCGGUCCAAGGGCUAUGGCCCGUGAGCUAUGACGAGCACAAAGACUUGACAGAGUGCAUUGCUGCAUGGCAAGAGACGGGAGGUCGGACGUUUCCAGACUUUGGACGCAUUGUCUCGCGAAGUCCCGGAAGCACACAGCGCUUGCAGGAGAAUGAGGCAGGAAGAAGCGAGCUGUUUGGACCUGCACUGGUUCUCAAUGUGGGAGGCACUCUCUUCAGGACAACUCCCAGUACCUUGAGGAAGGCACCCUUUUUUGACUCCAUGUUGCGCCACACCGUGGAGGGCGGUUUCGGCGCCACUGUUGACAGCGAAGGUCAUUACUUUGUGGACAGAUCGGGCUUCUUGUUCAGAUACGUCUUGGAGUAUUUGCGAACGGGCUUCUGGCUCUUGGGCGAGAAAGCUUGUGACCUCGAGUUCAUAGACGCCAUUCGGGCUGAGGCCAGCUUCUAUGGGCUGGAGGGGGACCAGCAAUUGCCGGUGCCACGCAUCACAGAAUACGUGUCAGUCUGGCAGCACAAGGAUGACACCUCCAUCUAUGUGGAUUGCUUGGAGCAAACCAUCCGAGAGGACCGUGAUCAUCAAGGACUGUUCAGACUCUGUAAAUACUUUGGCGGCCUUCCGCCUCAGACCAAGUUUGCUCAGGGCGGGACAGCGGUUCCUUUUCCAGGCAGGAUGUCUGGAAUCCACGCAUGCUUCUUACAGGCUGUUACAGCAGCUACUCAGUAUUAUAUGGGCCAGAAAAUACCAGUAUUUUAUGAAGCCCUAACAAAAACUCUCUUCUGUGAAAUUAUGAGAGCAAAGUUGAUGAACGAAGUGAGUCCUUGA